AUGACGACUAUAACACUGUAUAAUGGAGUGGAAAUGCCGACGGUUGGACUUGGCGCCUUACAGGUAAUCGCUCUUACGCAACAUUUUUUAUGAGCCAUAUCAAAAAGCGAUCAUUUCGCAGUCUGUCGGGAAAAUAAUGUGGAUUUGUGGCGGCAAAAUUUUUCGCCAUGUCGCGCGCCCAAUCUCCAACUAUAGUCGCCGCAAAGCGAUGAUGGGUGGAUUCUGUGAGGCGGAACGACCGAGCUUCCAGGAUUUCCCCACGAGGAACGAUCUACAUUUAUUCAAAUUUGAUUGUACUUUCCUACAUGGGGUUUCCCUAUAAAAGGGCCUCCUUUCCACCGAAUAAAUCACUUGACUCUUGAGCGUCUCGUCUCGUUACUGGGUUGUCGGGCCUUUUGACAGAUUCGAAAGCGCAUCCACAUUAUUUUCCCGACAGACUUAUAUUUCCUCGCUGUCCGCACCGUGCACCCAGACGUCCUGUUUUUUGCACCGUGCGCUUCUCUUUUUUUGUUUUCGCACUGUGCAUCGAAAUAUCGCUGCGACAAAAGCAACCGUGUCGCUGCGACGGCGCCAAAAAUUUGCACAGUGCAAACGGGUUUUUUUUUGAGGUUUGCACUGUGCGAAGGGAGGAAGUGCACCGUGCGUUUGGCGACGAAUUCCAUGGAUUGCGGCCCAAAAUGGGGCAAAGCGACCCCGUGGUGAAAAUUUUUUGUUUUUUUCGGAAAAAACUUGAUUUAUGGGUUUUCGAGGGUGCUGAUUUCGGGAAUCGUGUUCAUUUUUUUGGAACUUUUCUAGCUCGCGACCUAGGUUGUGACCUAGGUCAAGGUUUUUGCCCAAAAAACCCCCCGGAAAUGUACUCAAUGCUUGAUUAAGAUGGUCAAAAUCCCAAAAAAUAUCAAGUUCACCGAGAAAAAAGACAAAAUUGUUAUCAAUACAUCAUUUUUAGUCGAGUCCCGAAGAAUGCCUCAACGCGAUUCAUGCUGCGUUGGAUGCCGGCUACACCCUAAUUGAUACAGCGUCCAUUUCCAAAAAUGAAGAAGAUAUCGGGAAAGCCUUGGAAGCGUAUUUUGAAACUGGAAAGUUGAGCCGGAAAGAUGUGUUUAUCACCACGAGAGUAAGUUUGGACAAAAAAAUUGUAUUAUCGGUUUGUCGGAAAAAUAACGUGGAUUUGUCGCAAAAAAUGCCUGCCUCGUCGCAAAUUUACAGCGGCGGCUAGAAAGUGAUGUCGAGCAAUUCAAAGGCGAAUCCACAUUAUUUCCCCGACAGACGAAUACUUUCGAAACCUCGCCGUUUGGUAGCUGUAUAUUUCCCAUAUUUUAGUUUUGGUUCUUACAAGUCCGACCCGAAGACGUCGAGAAAACGUUACUGGAGAAGUUGAAGGCGUUGCGAACGGACUACGUUGACUUAUAUGUGACUCAUCAGCCGAAAGAGGCAGUUGUAAGUGGAUGAUGUUACUCUAUGUGCACCGGAUCGUUGAAUAUCUCGUGUGGUGUACUGUAUUUUCCUUCUAAAUUGUUUAUCUUCCCGAUUCCAGAAACCGAUAACCUACGGAGCUCGCCCCGAACACACCUGGAAGGCCAUGGAAGAGGUCUACAAAAAAGGUUUGGCCAAGUCCAUUGGGGGCUCGAAUUUAUCUCGUUCCAUAAUUGGGAAAAUUGUGAAGGCCGGUGAGGUCCCAGCUCACAUUCUUCAAUUCGAUUGGGAAUUCUUCUACAAAGCGCCCCAAGCGGCCGCUUUUUCCAUAGGACUAGGAGUCCCCGUAACUUUAGAUGUCGCUCAUGAAUCGCCGGAAAUGAAGAAAGUGGUGCACCAAAAGGAAUUUUGA